AUGAUAGCAGCUAAGGCCAUCCUGCGAGCAACACACCUCCUGGUCACGGCGGGGGCGGGGAUGUCGGCAGAUUCAGGGUUGCCUACCUACGACAAGAUAGCAGACAACAUGGCGUACAAGAGCAGAGACUUGAACUAUGCCGACCUUUGCCGACCUCAACUCCUGCGGUCGGAUGCCUGCCUGGCCCUCGGGUUUUGGGGGAGCUGCUUUAACCUGUACAAGACAACCAGACCGCACGACGGCUAUCAUAUACUGAAGGAGUGGUGCGCGAUGAAUAAGGAUUCUUACGUGUACACGAGCAACGUGGACGGACAUUUCUUGGCGGCAGGUUUUAAUGAGCAAAGGAUAUGCGAGGUGCAUGGCAGGGUCUCAAAGUGGAUCUCACUCACAAAGGAUGACGAAGAUAUCACGAUGCUCCCAGACGGUCAUCGCUUCAGAGUGGACGAGACCGACAUGCGGCUGCUGGGUGACGAGCAGGACACUGAGAGCCUUCGAGCUGCCGGCGUUCCGGUGGACAAGCACGGGAACAUGAUGCGACCUGCCGUUCUCAUGUUCGACGAUGAACCUGAACUCCUGUUGAAACAUCUUAAAGUUGAUCAAGACAAGUAUCAAGUGUGGGAGGCACAGAUGGAAGAGGAACUGGUUAACAACGAACUUUCUCGUUUGGUGAUCCUAGAGAUAGGAUGCGGGCAGAGGGUUCCCUGCGUCCGGCAAGAGUCUGAGUGUGUUCUCGACGAUGUUGCAAGGCGCAUGGGACUGGAGGAGUCAGGGAAUCCGAGUUGGUACGACUCCGACUGUUCCAUACCAAGAGCUCUUUUGAUCCGCAUCAAUCCAGACUUUCCUUCCAACCACCAGAAUCCACAUCUCACCCUGCCUGUCCAAGGGCCGGCUCUUGCCUCCUUGAUUGGGGAGAAUUUCUAG